UUAUGUUAGUUCCAUUAGUUUCACAGUUCUCUUCACUCAGUCUGCGAUUGUCCUGUGCUGAAUGAAGAGCUCGGCUCUUGGUGUCUUUAUUUAUACCAAAGUCUGUGGACGCGGAGUUUUCAGAAACACUACUACACUCAGGGAUUUGAGUUAAAGAGUGAAGAGAAGAAUUGUCCUAAACCUCAGGCUGUAGGAUGUUCAUCGUCUCUGUUUAAUUGCGAAGGACAGCGGUACGGACUGGAGGACAUUAAGAACGUGUCUCAAACACUGGAUAGACUUGGUAAGAGCAGGAAGCCAGCAUGAUCGGUAGGAAACAGGUUACCAUGACAACCCUACAGUAAAACGUCUUACACAUGCUGUGGGGUCAAGAAUCUUGUCGACUUGAAUGGACAAAGUGACCGUGUGUACACAGAUUCUGCGAGGCUAAACCAACCUUUUGGAAACCCCGUUAUGCCUGUAAAAAAGAAAAGAAAGUCCUCUGGUUCUGAAGACCCCAGCAUCCGGAAGUGCAAAAUUAGCAGUUACUGUAGGACGCAAACUCCUGGGAGAUUGAUAAACCCUGAAGAUCAGUUCUCCAGCAAGAAGUGCCUUGCAUGGUUUUACGAGUAUGCCGGGUCAGAUGAUGUGGUGGGACCCGAGGGCAUGGAGAAGUUCUGUGAGGAUAUAGGCGUUGAACCAGAGAACAUUAUCAUGUUAGUCUUAGCCUGGAAACUAGAAGCACCAAAUAUGGGAUUUUUCACAAAAGAAGAGUGGCAGAAGGGAAUGACAUCAUUGCAGUGUGAUUGCACAGAACGGUUACAAAGCAAACUCGACUACCUGCGCUCUCAGCUGAACGACGCAGCCGCGUUCAGGAACAUUUACAGAUACGCCUUUGACUUUGCCAGGGAUAAAGACCAGCGUAGUCUAGACAUGGACACUACAAAGUCAAUGUUGGCGCUGCUUCUUGGAAGGACGUGGCCCCUGUUUCCCGUGUUUCACCAGUUUUUGGAGCAAUCCAAGUAUAAGGUCAUGAACAAGGAUCAGUGGUACAACGUGUUAGAGUUCAGCCGCACUGUUAACUCGGACCUCAGUAACUACGACGAGGACGGAGCUUGGCCAGUGAUGCUGGACGAGUUUGUGGAAUGGUAUAAAGCCAGACAGACUUUAUAGCACCACAUGGCCAUGCUUGCAGAAAUUAAGGGCAAAGAAAUGUAAUGGAAAAAGCACAUCAAUGGACGCCAUCCCUCCACCAUAAAAAGUCCAGAGUAUCAAUUGCACACCUUCCCAGGAAAGCCAUCAUGCUUCUUGUGCACCCAUCACAACCCAGAGACUUACAGUGUUAAUUUAACGUGAAAAGGAAAAAUGUCUGAAACGGAGGGAACUGAUUUAUGCGUGUUGCAUCUUUCACAGCAGUUUCAGCCAGUGUUGUUCGGUCUGGUGGAGGGAAGUCAUCUGUUUAUGUAAUAUUUUUGUUUAUAGUGUUUUCAAAAGAAAAUAAAGGAACUGUAUGGAAUUACUGUU